CGCCAGCUCUUUCGAACGCUCUAGAGCACAGAACCUCCUCUGUACGCAGAAUAUUGAGGAGAUCUCACAAUGGAUUACGUGCUAGAAAUAAGUGACGAUUUACUGCUCGACCGUGUGUACGAGGCAGUGGUACCCUGUGAUUCGUUUUUAUCACCGUAUCUGGUGCCGUUCAGCGGUGAGAGCCGAACGUGCAUCGAUGGAUCACUUCUGCCGCGCGGAAAUAUAUACCGACAGUAUAUUUCUGUAUCUCUUGUCGUGUGGCUGCUCGGCGUGAUCUUCUACUUCCUGUUCGCUCCGCUCUCAUACUGGUUUCUCUUUGAUAAACGAACGUUUAAGCAUCCUAGAUACCUGAGAAACCAGAUUCGGAUGGAGAUCAGCUUAACCAUGGCUGCUAUGCCGGUGAUGUCCUUGCUGACAGCGUUCUGGUUCGUGGCCGAGAUCCGCGGCUAUUCAAAACUCUACGGCGACCUUAAUGAGCACGGACUCCUGUAUCUGGCGCUCCAACUGCCUCUGAUCGUUGUGUUCAGCGAUUGCUUGAUAUAUUUUAUUCACCGGGGCUUGCACCAUCGGCUGCUCUACAAGCAUCUGCACAAACCACACCACAGAUGGAUAGUGCCCACGCCCUUCGCCAGCCACGCGUUUCAUCCACUCGACGGCUAUGUACAAAGUCUCCCCUAUCACAUCUUCCCCUUCCUUUUCCCCUUGAACAAACUCAUGUAUUUAGCCAUGUUCGUAUUCAUCAAUCUUUGGACGAUAAUGAUUCACGACGGUGAGGCGUUCGCCAACAAUUCCGUAAUCAACGGCGCCGCUUGCCACACGGUACAUCAUCUUUAUUAUCGAUACAAUUACGGUCAGUUCACUACACUUUGGGACAGACUCGGCGGCUCUUACCGGAAACCCGACGAGGAGAUCUGCGAUCCCACUCUCAAGAUGGCUAGCGGUACGUGGACGAAGCAAGUGUGCGAAGUCGAUCAGAUGAUAGAGCGAGAAGAGGAUGGAGAUGACAGAACUUACCAAGGGAAAACCCUCGGAAUCACGAACGAGUCAUGAAACGAAGAGACACCCUCCGCCCUCAGGACCCCAUCCGAAGCCGUCGAGGUCGCCGAUACUCCUGUAGUCCUUGGUGUCACGGACCAUGGCCUAUCCUCGUCUUCCGACCGAUAGAACUCGACUCAACUGUAGUCAGCCCUCCCUUCAUUGGAGCAGCAGCGGUGAUGAGCAAUGGAAUUUUGAGUAAUAAAAAGCCGUCGUUGACUUUUUCGAAAAGA